AUGAACAAUGAACUGCCGGACAAUACUUUAUUCAUUGCAGCAGAAAUAAGAACCAAAAAUAAUAAAGGCAGGAAUACCAAACAUCAUUUUACUCAUUUAUUAAAAGAACAAAGAAAAAUUAGUAUGAAAAUGUGCUUCAAAAAUGUUAUAACUUUUAGAUUUUUCUUUUUUUCCAUUUGUAUACUGCUACAUCUGUUCUCACAAGAUAAAUAUAUUACUGAUGACAGAAAUAUAUGUGAAGAGAUAAAAUUUGGCUGUACAUAUCAAAGAAAAUUAGCCGAAAAAAAAAAAUGUCCAGCUAAUGAUAAAACUCAAAUUAAUAGUGUUAAAAAGAAAGUAGUUAGAAAACCUUCCUUAAAAAGGGCAUCGUGUAUUCUAUUAGUAGAGAACAAGACAAACAAUAGAGGUGCUACAACAGCCAAUGGUGAUGAAGUAACAGUCAAUGGUGAUGCUGCAACAGUCAAUGGUAAUGCUACGACAACCAAUAGUGACGCUAAAACAUCCACUGGUAAUGCUACUACAGUCAAUAGUGACACUAGAGCAGCCAAAAGUGACGCUAAACCAGUCAAAGGUGUUUCUAAACCAAUCAAAGGUGUUUCUAAACCAGUCAAAGGCGUUUCUAAACCGGUCAAAGGUGUUUCUAAACCAGUCAAAUGUGUUUCUAAGACAGUCAAUGGUGUCGCUAAAACAGUCAAAGAUGAUUCUAUAACAGUCAAUGAUGCCGCUAAAACAGUCAAAGAUGAUUCUAUAACGGUCAAAGAUGAUUCUAUAACAGUCAAAGAUGAUUCUAUAACAGUCAAUGGUGGUGCUAUAACAGUUAAUGGUGACGCUAAAACAGUCAAAGAUGAUGAUACUAUAACAGUCAAUGGUGAUGUGAAAAAAAUGCGAAGCUGUUUGAAAAAGGGAAAAAAUAAAAACCGAGAGAAACGAAAAGUACACUUUGCAGAUCCCAUAUCAGCCGAAAAAAUAUUUUAUAAAGAUGAACCUGUAUGGUACGAUGAAGAAAAUGAUGAAAGCAUCCAAAACUGGCAAAAUUAUAUUACAUCCAUAAAAAACACAAAUAAAGGAAAUUUAUUUUCACAAUUUUUCAAAAUGAAAAAAAGAACUAGUGAGCAAAAUUAA